CCGCGCGGGAAGGCCUCCUCCCCCCAUCUCCAGUGUCGGUGUUGUAGCGAGCGGACAAAGUCGCGGUACGCUCCUCUCUCGCUCACACAAGCCGCCUCACGGUGCAGCAGGGACCACUCGCCGCCCGCCCGCCCGCCCGCGUAAGAGAGUAAUGGCUCGGGGCCAGCAGAAGAUACAGUCUCAGCAGAAAGCGGCGAAGAGGGCGGCCGACGCCAAGAAAGCCAAGGGACACGACCAGAAGAGCGCCGCCAAGAUGGCGCUCGUGCACACGUGCGGCAUCUGCAAGACUCAGAUGCCGGACCCCAAGACCUACAAGCAGCAUUUUGAGAGCAAGCACCCCAAGCAGCCCAUGCCCCCAGAGCUGGAGGAUGUGCAGGCGUGAUGACCACAUGCUCUCCCCCCCCGCCCCCCCUCAUCCGAGCUGUUUACUGGAUGUAUAUCUCGGGAGGUGGGGGUCCCUGAGAUUUUAUUUGAGCAGAUGUCGCUCUGAACGUUCCCCGGCUUCUGUUAAAUGUGGCCUCAAUAAACUUUGAAGGGGCAUUCCAUGCCCUCAGGAACCCCUAUAGGCUCGAGUAUGUUAAUUAAUCUCUUUAACAAGUGAAGUCUGCAUUUUUUUUGGAUAUGUCCAUGUUUUCUUUUAGGUUUUGAGUGGCAGUUGUUUCUGUAUCACUUCUGAAGCUGCCAGCUUUUCUGACCUUGUAUUCAUGUAUCCACAUAUUGAAAAAUUCUGGUUUUCUUCAAAAAGUUGGUAAUCACGCAAGAUGCCGUCUGCUGUUUGGUAUUUAAGUAUGGUGAAGCUAAAAUAAAAUCUGAUUCUUUAA